GAACCUGACACCCCAACCUUGUGGCCACCGAAUUACAAAUAUCGAUUGCUGGAAGCUGGACCCGUCCCCGACUGGCUGAAGGUCCUAGCCUGCCUGGAUUAUCGUACUUUUCCGUAUUUCUAUAAUACGAGUCAGCUAACCUCACCACCUCUCACCACCAUUUUAACCCCCUCCUCAUAUUCGUCGCCCAUCAUUGUCAUUCUCGUCAUUUGUCAAUUGGCGUUAUAUUUCUCUUAACACCAGUACCCUCGAUAGUUGCGCAUGAGCUUACCAGUACUCGCGAUGACGAACAUGUUGGACUCGCACUGGCCGGAGCUGGUACGAAAGCGGCAAAGGGAUGACGAGGAGGAGGAAAUGUGUAUUGGCCAGGGCGUGGGAGAUACUGCCAAUGGAACUCUAGGCUUCACUGAACAUCGAAACAAACGUUUACAGUCUCUUCCUCUUCGCACGUCCCCCUCCCAAAAACGAUGGUCAGACCUCCCGGGUUUCUCAACGGCGCCAGCAAGCACUACUAUUACUCCCACUGAUUCUGACUCGGAGGAGGUCCAGUACCAGCAAUCAACCCCAUCAAUGGACGUGGACAGGGACACAGAUAUGAUGGUGGAUUCUUCGUCCGAGUAUCUCCAACCUCCUCCGUCUCAGCACGACCCAAGCCUAGCAGGACGAAUGCCGACCCCGAUUCAUUGUACUUUUGCAGCCCAAGUGCGAGGAAAUAACUGGGGCCCGGUUAACGAGACGAUGCACGUGGUGAAUCAGACGGGCGGCGAUACAAUACCGGGAAACGGGUCCGGCUUUGGCCAAGCCGAGUCAUUCCAUACGAGACACGACGAAUCUUCAGUGCCCCGGUCCUUAGGAGGCGAGUGGUCUAUGGUCCAUAAUCGACGUCUACCGUCCCCUAUCAGUGAAAGUGGUGGCGAAGACAUGCCAACGAGCCCAGGAAUGGUGUUGGACUCGAGCGUUUCCGCCGCGUCUCACCAGAGACCAUAUUUGCCUCACAUGCCCCAUUCCACAAACCCCCAUGCUAUGGCCCUCCAUCCCAAUAUCCAAACCAUCCCCCCAGUUACCGAUGCCGACGCAGGAAUGAUGGACGCCGACCCUGACUCCUCUCCCUCUUCAGCACCUGCUACGCCAUCGCCAAGAGGCAAGUUUGGCCAUUCGCGUAGCAAACACACCCUUAAUACAUGGACGAUCCAACCCGGUAUGAAGAAGUCGUUCAGUAUAGGUUACCGAGCCGACUGCGAGAAGUGCCGUAUGAAGAUUCCAGGUCAUUUCAAUCACAUUAUCAUAUCCUAGAACAAGGAGUAUAAAAGGGGUGUAGUGCACUUUCGACUUAAGACUGGGCUAGGUAUUUUUUAAGUCCAGGGCAACCAGG